AUGGGCUUGCGAAGCAUGAAAUGGGACGAGUGGAUCGAACUCGACAACCACUACCUACGCUACCACGCAGACAAAGCCCACCGGAUCCAAGAACGCGGGGAUAAAUGCUGCGCAACCGCACCCGAAGCAUGGGAUGCAGCAAUCGAACUUCUCGAGGAACUCACCUCAUAUCUCCCAGAGCGCUAUCCAACUAUGUUCCAAAAAACCCCAACAGGCCUAACAAACCUCGUCACCUCCGAAACCUUCGACAUCAAGCAACGGCCUCUCCCGGAAGACCCCAUGGCCAUGUGCGCACGGCUCGUCCAAGACGACCUCGCCAUCAUGAUCGAGAAACCCGACGGCGAGUACUACCUACUCGCGGGUGCAAUCCUCCUCGCCGGGUUCUGGCGCCUCUCCGACAAAUACGGCAUGCGGCUAUCCGAAAUCCACACAUCCGGCGACGUGCCAGGGUACAAACAGAAACUCGAAAAGGGGAUGAUGAACUUCUUCCGCCGGUUGAAGCCCGAAGACCCCGUGUUGAGGAAUAACUACUUCAUCCAGGUCGACGACUCCCUGCCCUGGUCACAUAGUAUCGGGUCCGAAGAUGCGCCGUCUGUCUCGUGGAAUACGGCGCAGAAGGAUAAGGCGAUUGAGAACCACUUUUUUCGAUCUGAGAGGCAGUCGCUCAGGCGAUUGCCGAGGUCCGGUGGGGUGGUGUUUACCAUUAGGACUUAUUUUGAGCCGAUUACGACGGUUGUACAGGAGCCUUAUGUGCCCGGGCGCUUGGCGAGUGCGAUUCGGAGCUGGGGUGAUGAUGUGUCCAGGUAUAAGGGGAAGGAGAAGUAUGGGGAUGUGCUGCUAGAGUACUUGGAUCGGAAGCAUGAGGAGCAGGUCGCUGCAGGGUUGGAGGUGGAAAAGGAGGACGAGGUGAGGAGUUAUCCUUUCUAG